GUGACGUUUCGAGUUGGGGUCCCGGAUGUAGUUGCGCAUUCCCUGAGGCACUGUUGCUGGCAUUUUCUUCGGGAGUGUCCCGGCGCCGGCUGCAUCCACGUUCCUCUGACGCCCUCUCAUCUCCUCUGGCCUGAGGCUCUGAGUUCUACUCUCCCCCAGCUGUGCUCUGAUCCACUUUUACAAGAUGAGCACCACCAAUGUGGAUGAUGCUAAACCAGAAGAUGUUAAACAAGAAUCUGAGAAAAAGAUAUUUUAUUGUGAGGUUUGUAAAGUUCCAUGUAUGAGUUCUAUAAGCCUUCAGUCACACUUCCGUGGAGCAAAACAUAAAAAGAAAGAGAGAGCCAUGAAUGCUUAUCGUGCUCCUGCUCCAGUGAUAUAUGAAACACAGAGACCAGUUAAGCGGAAGCUUACAAAGGACAUAACCUGUCUGAAAGAUUUUAUGAAAGAUCCCAAAAGAGAGGAACCUCUAGUUGGUUUAGAACAUGUGGUCGAAAUCAGAUUUGAAGGGAGGAGAGAGCCACAUUAUGAAUGCAAACUGUGUGAAUUUAACACGGAGAUGGCACCUAUGAUAGAACAUCUCAGUGGCUAUAAACACAGAAGAGCAUAUAUUUCUAAAGAAUUUCCAGAUAAAAUGAAGAAAAACACACCAGGUGUGAAAGAGGACAAAGUCUCAUUUCUCAGACGGAUAGCAAGAGAGAUAGAAAAGGCUGAAGGUUUAAAAAUGUAUAAGACUGAAGGUUAUACAAGACCCAGUAUAUCUUGUAAGUUUGUGAAAUUACCCUCGUCAUCAAAGAAAAAAUCAAGGUGGGAAGAGGAUUACAAGCCUGAGAAUGAUCCAGUUCGAAAGCAGAAAGCCCUAGAAUACUUGGAAACUUUUCGGGUCACCUCAGACACAGAAGCAACUCUGGUAAUUAGUAUUACACAAGAGCUGACUGAAGCUUUGAAGACCUUUUGUAAAAAGAAAGCAGCUGUCAAUUAUGCCAGCAGCCUGAGGCCAUUGAUGUCAAUAUCUCAAGAUGAGCUUUCAGCAGGAAAAAACAUCCAAAAACCAUACAAGUCUUAUGAAAAUUACAAAGGCAAUUCAGGAAAUACUAACUGGAAUCAAGAUUUUUCAUCUCAAAGACCUGAACAGGAACAAUUUACAUCACAAUUGGAUGCAGACACUUCAUUCACCAUUGCCAGUUCAUAUAGUUACCAAACAGGUGAUGGAUCAUCCUCAUAUGGACUAAAACCUAAUGAUUCUGCAACAAUGGCUGCACUCAGUAAUUCAUUUGCCCUUCAGACGGGAGGCUUUGCUACUGGAAUCAAUGAAUGGCUGAAGCAAUUCAACCAAUCUGCUUCUGUAUCCUCCCAGUCCACUUCAGUUGGAGGCACCUCUCCCUACUUCACAUAUUCAGGGAGUGGGUAUUCAACAGAAUACAAGUCUAAUAGUGCCCAAGGAAACAAAACUACAGCACCUGAUAACAGAAUGGCUUAUGGUGUUGGAGGUACAAAUUGGAAGAGUCAAAGAGCAUUUACAAAUACAAGGAAUUUACCUGACCAGAGAUCAUCCUAUUCUGCUUCCUCUGCUACAUAUCCUUCAUCUGGAGGAUAUUCGACAAACUACCCUUUACAAGGCUGUUCAUCUUACUACGGAGGUGGGUCUUCAAAUUCCACUUCUUCAUCAAGAGGUGGUUCUAGUUGGUCAGAAGAAUCAAGAUAUCAGAAAUCAGAUUUCAAGACUGAUUCGGCCUCAUUUCGUUCCUCCUCUUCUGUCCACAAUUCAUACAGAGAUUACCAACAACAAAACAGAGAGUCAGAUAAGAUGUUUGAUGAAGAUGCCAGUGGUCUUACUCCCAACAUUCUGCAUAGACUUCAAGGAAAGGAUGUACCUACAAUGACCAGAAUGCUCAAGCAGCUGACUCCAUAUUAUCCAGCACUUCAAAAAAUCAAUAUUGAAACAUUAGUCAAAGCAUUAAUUAAAACUAGAGAAAUAAAUUAAGAAGAUAAAACAGCUGAACUGGAACUGAUGAACAGAACACUGAAGAAUCUUCACUUCAAGUUUUUAGGAAACAAACUCAACAGUUUAGUUUUGGAUGUGGUUUUUUUGGUUUUGUUUUUGUUUUUUGUGGAAGGGGAUAGGGUUUAUGUUUUUAGUACAGUAAAAAUGUAGUUGGAGCACAAAUUAUUGUCAUGGAGAUUAAUAUACUGUUCAGGUAUUUUUAUGCAUUUGUUAAAUAUUUUUAGUAGAUUGCACUGGAAACUCUUCGUUUUUGAGGGGCUGGUUAAUAUUAAUCACCCUUUUCCAAAAAGUUUUUGUAUGUUACAAUCCAUUUAGGAAGAAUAUUCACUGAAAAUAGAGUUCCAUUGCAUGAAAAAUACAGAAAUGCAUUACUUCACAUAUAAACCAAUGGCCAGUUCUUCUAAUUUUAGACUUUAUAACGAGUUAGGAUACUUUUUAGAAGUGACUAUACUGAAUUUCUUUUUGGAACACAUUAAAAUGAUGGGCCCUAAACAAAAUGUUUCUCCUCCUGUGGACUUAAAAUGUGCUCUUAAAUAAUAAAAUGCAAACACUUGUUAGUGGAAAAACUUAACCAAUUUUAUUUUUAAUUUGUAAAAAUGCGCACACAUAUGGAAAUACAACCAGAAUUCUAUUGUAUAGAAUAGCAUUCUGCAUUUUCAAUUUUUAUUUGUAAAAAUAAUAAUCGGGGCAUUUUGCAGUGUUUAUUUUCCAAACAUUAAAACCA